AACUGUAAAACGGAGGAGGGCUGGCCAUCACUAUCUAGGCAUCACUACCGGAAUGGAAUCGUCGUCUUCGAUUGCUUCGCGGAGGUCAAAGAGGCAGAGUCAAGAGAAGUUCUUAUCGAAAGUAAUUUUGCCAGCAAUACGGGGGCAGUCAUGUCCAGUAUGCUUAAAAGAUUUUGGUGGCGAAGAAGAUUACCGAAGAGUUGCGGUGAUUAGGGUUUGCUUACACGCUUAUUGUCUCGAUUGCAUCCGCAAGUGGAGCGAUAUCAAGCGGAAGUGUCCUCUCUGUAGUUCGGAGUUCAAUUCUUGGUUCUGUAGAAUCAUUCUCUCCACUCGAAAUUUCUCGACGGAGAAAUUACCGGUGGUCAGGGAGAGCAGAAGGGUCACUCCGCUAGAUAUCUUGAGCUAUAGGCAACGAGCUGGAUUGAAUGUUGCUAAUCGGAGAAGUAGGCCAUUACCAUGCCGGCGAAGAUUUGGACAGCCAAUGCCAGGAUCUGUGGGUUCUGAUGUUAUUGCUCAAAGAAAGCUUCAGUGGCGUGCUAGCAUAUAUAAUCAAAGAUUGCAUGCUGUUCCUAUAUCUUCGAGGAAUUGCCUCAAGCAGAUUAUAUCAAGAAAUGGUUGCAUGAAACAAAGGAUACUGCACAGGAUAGAACCAUGGAUUCAAAGGGAGCUACAGGCGAUCCUUGAGGACCCAGAUCCAUCUGUCAUCGUUCAUCUUGCCUCCUCUCUUUUUAUUGCAAGCCUUGAACGCGGGUCUGAUGUUCAGUCAGAUCAGCUUGGUGUUGAAGACCACUUUCUUGAAUCACUGCGAUGUUUUUUGCAUGGUUGGACCCACACGUUUUGGCAUGAACUUAGAUGUUUUGCAGAAAGCUCACUUACAAUGGAAACUUAUGACAUGGUGGUUGAAUAUAAACAAUCAGACUAAGUGUGGAACUGGGACUUGGGACUUUCAUUUGUCUUUAGCAUACAUCCGUCAAGCGUUUUGGUACAUUAUUCAUCGAAGAAAAUCACAUGAAAUCAACUGUUACCAUUAACUAGAAGCUGAGAUGAGGUGACAAAUGUCAUUUGCUGGAAUCCUGAAAGAGACAGCAAGUUGUAGCCUCCAUUGCCGUUGCCUCACCAAAAGAGAGGCAUUUCAAAGAUCUUAAUAUCUGGAAACAAAAUAAACUGAAAGAACCGCCUGAAUUGAAGAUCAGAAUUUUUGCCGAAGGAUUUAUUAUCAGAAACUUGACAGUUCAACGAGAUAGGCUUGGAAACACAUCCAACAACUCUUUCUGAAUUCUGAAUCCAGAAAUCAGACUGCGCAAAGGAACAAUAAUUCCAGUGCUUGCUUUUCACUAUCAGAAUGCGUUACUGUUAUACAUGUUUGCUUUACACUAUCUGAAUGCACAGCUGUUGCAUCUUUUUACAUGAAAUUCGCUCAUAGAGUUUACCUAACAGAGUGCGCGCA